GGGGCAGCCAUGGCGGAGCGGGGCCGAGGGCAGAGUCCGAGCUCCAUGGAGGACCUGCUGGAUGUGGAGAACAAGCGGAUGGCCGACAGCCUGGCCAGCAAGGUCACCAGGCUGAAGUCGCUGGCUCUGGAUAUUGACAAGGAUGCUGAGGAGCAGAACCGCUACCUGGAUGGCAUGGACUCGGAUUUCCUGAGCGUGACGGGGCUGCUGACGGGCAGCGUGAAGCGCUUCUCCGGCAUGGCGCGCUCCGGCCGGGACAACCGCCGGCUGCUCCUUGCCGUGUCCGUGGCGCUCAUCCUCAUCUUCUUCAUCCUCUACUACCUGGUGUCCCGGGCAGGGAGCUGAGCCCGGGCUGGGAGGUGUCACAGGGCCCUGAGCAGGGCAGGUGUCACAGGCCAGCCCCACCAUCCACAGACCUGUCCACACGUUUUCCAGAGGAGCCUCCAGACACACCUCCACCUUCCCAGUGACCUUUCCUCCCUCCAGCUCCUCGUCAUCGCUCCGGCUGGGCCCAGACAGCUCUUCCAAAACAAGUUUGGUUCCAAAGGGAUUUUCAUGCCUAACAUGAUUUUGGGGUCAUGGCUCAGGCUGUGACCUCUUGCCUUGUCCACAUCCCGUGGGCUGUUUCUAAGGGCCACUUCCACAUCACCUCCCUUACUGAAAACCAGGAACUGACAAAUCCUGAGACUUGUGGAUCCUGCAUAACCCAGCUGAGCUUUGCGAGCUGUAGGAUUUAGGAUGCUGAUUUAUGGGGUUUGGGAGUACCAAUGUGUGACUUACAUUCCGUGUGGCCGCUCUCCAUUUCCCUGGGACUUGUGGCCCAUAUUCCUGGGCUGAAAGGAAACCUGUGCUGCUUUCGGGUGGAAUUAGCAACGGAUCUGGGCCUGGAUAUACUCAGACUGUGACAGGGAAAAGAUGCAGGGGAGCAGGACUCUGAUUAAAUCCUUGGUUGUCUUUAUCAUCCUUGUGGGCAAACUGGGCUUUACCCUGUGGGGAGGGCCACAGUCCAUAACCACAUGGGUUUGCACUUGAGUGGACCCUUCCAGAACUUUCCCACACAUGUGCAAAUUACGUUACUAAAUCAGGGUAAAGAAAUCUGGUGGCAGUUAAUCAUGCUUACUGUGGCACCCUGUUUUUAGAGCACUCUGGGGAGAUAUUGUGCCAAUGAAGCUGAGGUUGAGGUGGAGUGGAAUUCCCCCUGCAGCACUGUCAGGAGUCGGGGGGAAUCAAGGAGGGAUUUGCCGAUUUGUUUAUGAAUUUAGAAGGUACAAAAGGAACCCCUGCCUUGCCUUGGGGGGGUGUCUUUGCUUAUUUGCAUUUCUCUUCUGUGACAGCUAUUCCUCCUCCUCUGAUUUAAAUUCCCCAGCAAACCCUCCUCAUGGAUGGCUGGGUGUUCCUUUGCCUUCACCCUGUUCCCACCCGGAAUUCCUUUGCCCUUGGGCUAACUCGGGUCUGCAGCUAUGAAGGGAAUGUUGUCCCAUGUACCAAACUGCUCACCAAACACACACUGGCUGGAUUAGGUGUGUUCUUUUCCACAUGUGGGAAAAAGUGGUGCAGGGAGGGCAAGGAGAAGGGAGCCAGCAGGAACUUCCUCUGGCUCUUCCUGCUUUCCUGGUGCAACGUGGCAGCUCUGGGCUCUUUCCCUUGGGAAGAAUCAGUGGCCUGUGAUUCCCGGAGCAGGUGACUCCCGACAAAAGGCCCCUGGAGCAGCCCAGCCCUCACCCUGGUGGGGUUUAUUUUGCCUUUCCUGCUGUAAAUAAAGCUGAUUUUAGACCUUUUA